UUUUAUAGGCACCAAUCUGAGAGGUCCAUUGUUCACUUUCUCACGCAUAAAGUGGCAAUAGAUGUCAUACUUGAGUUAGUAGUGGCUCAGUUUUCUAACAUUGACAAAGCUGAUUGGAUCCUCUGCAAUUCCUUCUACGAGUUGAACAAAGAGGUAGCUGAUUGGAUGAUGAAGACUUGGCCCAAGUUAAGGACCAUAGGACCUUCCAUCCCAUCCAUGUUCUUAGACAAUCAAGUUAAAGAUGAUGAACGUUAUGCUGUUGCAAAGUUCACAAGUGAAGAAUUUAUGGUAUGGCUAAAUGAUAAGCCAAAAGGGUCUGUUGUUUAUGUUUCUUUUGGGAGUAUGGCAGCACUCAAUGAGGAGCAAACAGUAGAAAUGGCUUGUGGCUUGAGAGAUAGUGGAAGUUACUUCUUAUGGGUAGUCAGAGACUCUGAACAGAGUAAGAUCCCAAAAGACUUCGAAAAGAAAUCAGAGAAGGGCUUGGUAGUAACAUGGUGCUCCCAGCUAAAAGUUCUAGCACAUGAGGCUAUUGGGUGCUUUAUAACACAUUGUGGAUGGAACUCUAUAUUGGAAGCUUUGAGCUUAGGAGUUCCUACUAUUGCAAUGCCACGUUGGUCAGACCAAUACACCAAUGCCAAGCUUAUUGUAGAUGUUUGGAAAAGUGGAAUCAGAGCUCCACUUGAUGAGAAACAAGUUGUGAGAAGAGAUGCAUUGAAGCAUUGUAUAUGGGAAUUAAUGGAGAGUGAGAACGGAAAAGAGAUUAAGAGCAAUGCCAUGCAAUGGAAGAAUUUGGCUGCAGCAGCUGUAAGCAAAGGUGGAAGUUCUCAUAAACAUAUAACAGAAUUUGUGGACAGCUUGUUUCAUUUACAAGCAACUUGCACUGAUUCAUAGUUCACAAAUUAAUUCUUCAUCAACUGAAGUCGUAUGGAAUAAAACUCUCGCCGAAAGAGUUAGGCUCACUAAAA